AUGUGCUAUAUAUGGUUAUAUCUUCUCUUAAUAACAGAUCAGAUCUUUCGGAUCUGGUCUCUUCCGGCAAAUUAUGCAGGUUGCGAUUGCAUCCCACCAGCUGGAAUCCUUGCGCCUGAAUUAGACUGCCGCGAGGUGGCCACACGCAUCUACUACGAGCAGGUCAUUCGUGGUGAAGGAGGAGACAGGAUAUGGGGCCGGACCAUCGAGGAAACAAACAAAACCCACGUCCAUCUCCCGGUUGGCUUCAAGCUUACAAGAAAACACGAGUGGAUAGAGCCCGCCCACUGCGAGAUCCACAUCGAUAAUGCUAUAGACAGGUUUGGAGAGACAGACACCUUCACUAUGCUCGACGUGGUCAAUAGUGCGCAACUUGUAUUCAGAAAAUGCUACCCUUUAUACGACACGGGCAAAGCAUAUCCCAGAGCCACCAAAAACGUAUAUGUGACGACGCUUUACACGGCAACGAAGGAUCUUGAGACCCUCAGUAAUACAAAUUACACGGUCUACGGGCUGGACCCGGACUCAGAUGCCGUCAAGCCUGCCUACAAUAACAGUAACGCGGGGUCUCAUGACAUGCUGUAUGACGGAGGACAUACAAUCAUGUCAUACGCAAGGUUGUUCUGA